AUGCUUUGUUCACGGCCUUCCAUCAAACAGGUGACUCUGCCACGGUUCAAAGACCCUUCUGCUCCCUCUGCCAACGACCCUUUAUCCCCAAGAAUCAGUUGCAUGGGUCAGGUCAAGAGAAACAACAAAAUAGCUGGCAUCCCUCCCUCUCACAGACUCACUUUUACAAACAAAACUAACACACCCUCCCCAGGUGUCAAAUACUCCAAGCUCAAAAAACUCUUUUCUGGGAAGAACUUCAUCAUUAGCACCCCCAAAACCACCACUGCCGCCGCCACCACCACCAACACCAUCUCAACCUGCAGAUCAAGACAACAAGUUUCAGAUGUGCCCAAAAACCAAAAGUGUCUCAAGAGUGAGAAUAACAACAAUGUUGUUUGCAUGAGGAGCAUUGAAGACAUGGAUCCUCCUUUGCCUGUGGUGAAAAGAGUUCCCAAGUUGGAGAAAGGAAAAGAAUUGGAUAGUCUCUGGAGAAGGAGAUCUGGUACAGGUAAGCCCGAACUCAAAAGUUUACAGCUUCAACAGAUUCACCAUCCAAGGAUUUGUCAUCAACCUCCAACUGUUUGA